AUGCUUACUUCUUCGAUGGCUUCCCCAGAGCCUUUUUGUGAAAAGAAAAAUAAACAAUCAUCAUUCCAGCGAUUUAGAUCCAGCAAAGGCGCUGUCCUCUUUGUUUGCUCCCUGGCUUUGUUUACUGACAUGCUGGUGUAUGGAAUAGUGAUACCAAUUCUUCCCUCCAUUCUUCGAUCGAUUGGAAUUCCUGCAGAACACGAAACCACAUACUCCACAAUUUUGUUCUCUGCCUAUGCGCUUGGUCUUUUUUUAGCAACGCCAGUGUUUGGAAUUUUAUCGGACAAAACAGGAAAUAGAAUGACCCCGAUGCUGCUUGGAUUAGCAGGGCUUGCUUUAACGACGAUUUUAUUUGCCAUUUCAUCGCAUUUUUAUAUUCUUUUGCUUGCAAGGUUUCUUCAAGGAAUUGCUGGAGCGGCCUCCUGGGUUGUCGGGAUGGCUUUGAUUGCCGAUACUUUCCCCAUAAAUCAGCUUGGUUCGUCGCUAGGAUUUGUAAUGUCAUUCAAUACUGUCGGAUUUAUUUGUGGGCCUAUAAUUUCUGGAUAUGCUGCCACUUACAUCUCGCUUAGAUCGCCGUUUUAUAUUUGUGCACUUUUCGCUUUGCUGGAUUUUGUUUCGCGUAUCAUAUUGAAGCCUCCUAAAAGCGCCAAGCCAGAAGCAUCCUGCUUGGAGGUAGCACCGGCUUCCCAACCGGAUCAAUCUCUGCCUGACACUGCCACCGCUCCCAAGGCUUCCUUGCUGAAACGGUUUUUUGCCUCCGACAUAAUAUCUAUGCUUUGCCAUAUUGAAAUUUUCCUUUUGUGUUUUGGCGUGACGUUAGAAACUGCAUCGAUGUCCAUCAUUGAAGCGCUUAUAGCCGAGUACUUGGAGGUAUAUUUUGGGCUUUCAAUAAGCGAAUGUUCAAACACUCUGCUUUUUUUCAUAUUGCCAAGUGCCUUUUUUUCGAUUCUCAUGGGAAAGCUGACGGACACGUACAGCCGUAGUCGUCUUAUCAUCAUUGGAACGCUAUUGCAUUCCGUGGCUUCUCCCUUUGUUGCGCUUGCGUCAACCCUGACUCAAUUUAGAAUUGCAGCCGUGAUGUUUGGGCUCUCCACCUCAUUUAUGGUUACUCCAAUCAUGCCGCAAAUGACAUUUCUUAUUGGAUCCUAUGGAAAACACACCACAUCAUAUGCUAAGCUUUAUUCUCUGUAUCUGAUUUUUUGCAGCCUUGGCAUGGUGCUUGGGCCGAUCAUUGCCGGUUUACUUAUGUCCUCGAUUUCGUUUCUGGCUGCAAUGUUUGUGUUCCCCAUUAUGGGAUGUUUGGUAUUCCUACCUUUAUUUGUAACCAUAACAAUCUACAAAGAACGAAGCCGGUUCAGGUUAGCCAAUUUAUCUGAUACUCUGUCUCCAUUCUCAUUUUUCAGGGAGUUAUUUAUACCGCUGCCAGAGCCUGUCUAUUCCAAAUCUUUUAUUUGA